AAUUAUCAUUUAACACAUUUUCCUCUAAUUUCUUGCUUAUUUGUUUAUUUUCUUCAAGAACAAGCCAUGCCUAGUGCAAGGUUUAGACUUCCAAUUUAUCAACAGAAUAUUACAGGUCGUGAUCUUCAGUUCGACGACCCGAUAGAGGGGAGUUUCUCCGAUAUGGUUUUCGGGUUUCUUGAUGAUAAUGGCCGGCAACCAUUUUCUCCGGCAAGUUCUAGCAGUGAGGAUAGUUAUCAUGAAAAUGAAGAAGAUGAAGAGAAAAUUAAUGAGGAUUUUGAAGAAGAAAAAAACUUCUGGGACAAUCAACACCAGCUUCUUCAAGCAACUCUAUGCAGAACAAGUUCAUUAGAAUCAUCAAUCAGGAACAUCACCAAAGAAACAAUAAAAGAAAUUCAAAUGAGAACCACAAUCUGCAGCUGUGGAAGAUCACCAACAACAAGCGGCUGCCGGAAUUGUCUAAUGACAGAACUCUCCGGCCGCCUUCACACUGCCGGAUAUAACAGCGCCAUUUGCAAAUCAAAAUGGAGAAGCUCUCCCGAUAUUCCAUCAGGAGAACACAAAUUCUUGGACGUAAUCGACAAUUCAAAUCCUAAAAAGGGAGAAAUCAGAGUCAUAAUCGAAUUAAAUUUCCGUGGCGAAUUCGAGUUGGCGAAAGCUAGCGACGAAUAUAAUAAAUUAGUCGAAAGACUGCCGGAAAUAUUCGUCGGCAAAGUGGAAAGACUGAACGGUGUAAUAAAAAUAUUAUGUUCGGCUGCUAAAAAGUGCAUGAGACGAAAGAAAAUGCAUUUAGGACCGUGGCGAAAACAACGGUACAUGCAAGCGAAAUGGCUCGGGAACUGUGAACGGAGCUUCGCGUCGAUGCCGAGCUUUUCGAUGAGAUAUUCCGGUAGGGUUUCGAAGCCGAAGGCAUCGAUGUUAACGGUUGAUUUGCGAGAUAUGUUGCCUAAUAUGCAUUGUACAGCUCUUGAGGUUUUAUGACUGUAAAUAUUUCAUCAGAUUUUGUUUUUUUUUGUUUUUUUUAAUAGUGUUACGUAUGGAGCCAUGUAAAUUAUGGAAGUUUUUGUGCACUUUUUAGCUUUGUCUUUACUCCA